CAGAAUGUCGUCUACAAGUACGCUGGGCCACGGACGGAUUUUGCGAAACUCUCUCUGCUCUGGCUUUGGCCGUUUUCAGUCCUCAAAAGAAAGUUGACUCCGUACAAAAUGCUGCCACCACAUAUCAUUCUAGGCUUAACGACGUUGGUGGGAUAUUUCGUCUACCUGCUACUCACCACUGGACGACGACCGAAAGACUAUCCUCCUGGUCCACCAACGCUGCCCAUUCUUGGGAACAUUCAUCUGAUGCCCACGAAAGAUGCCCAUCUGCAAUUCGAGCAAUGGGCUCGUGAGUACGGACCAGUGUACAGCUUGAUUCUCGGCACAAAGACACUCAUCGUCUUGUCAAGCGAUGAAGCAGUCAAGGAACUGCUAGACCGACGGAGUGGCUCGUACUCUGAUAGGCAAGAGAUGUACAUCGGGCAAACAUUGUGCAGCGGAGACCUUCGGCUGUUGAUGAUGGGAUAUGGACCUCGAUGGAGAACAUAUCGUAAAAUGGUUCACGGCCUGCUCAACAUCCAAGCAGCCAAAUCAUAUGUUCCCUACCAAGUACUGGAGAACAAGCAAAUGCUGUAUCAACUUCUGCAUCAACCGAACGACUUCCUCAAGCACAUCCGACGCUACUCCAAUGCGUUGACGACUACUAUGGUUUUUGGAUGGCGAACACCGACAUACGAAGAUCCAAAGAUGAUGCAGCUCUUCGAAGGAUUCGCUGAAUUUGCCGCCAUCAAUCAGACGGGCACAGCGGCGCUCAUCGAUUUCUUUCCCAUCCUUAGAUGGCUGCCGGAUUUUCUCGUACCUACUCAACGCAAGGCAAAGGAGUUGCAUCGUCAUGAGAAGGCAUUGUAUCUCGACCACUGGCUCAAUGCUAAAGCAGCGAUCCGAGAGGGCACGAUCAAACCAUGCUUCUGCGUUGGCAUGGCCGAGGCUCAGAAGAGCGACGGCUUUAGCGACGACCAAGCCGCCUAUAUUUCCGGCACGCUCCUCGAAGCCGGCUCUGACACGACGUCCAGCACGUUGUAUGGUUUCGUCCUGGCCAUGCUGUUGUAUCCAGAAGUCCAGCGGAAAGCUCAAGCGGAAAUCGACAGAGUUGUGGGUGAUCGCUUGCCGACAAUGGAAGAUGAGCCGGACCUGCAGUACAUUCGUGCUUGUGCCAAGGAGACUCUCCGAUGGAUGCCAACGACAAUUCUCGGUGCGGUCCCUCAUGCAGUUAACAAGGACGAUGAGUAUAUGGGUUAUCGCAUCCCUAAGGGUGCUGGAAUCAUGAACAACGUCUGGGCUAUCCACAUGGAUCCUAAGCGCCAUCCGGAUCCCCGGACGUUCGAGCCUUCUCGCUACGCGAACGAUCAGCAAAGUUUGUCAGACUCGGCCACCAACCCUGACGGUACGAAGCGCGACCAAUUCACGUUUGGUGCCGGUCGUCGCAUCUGCCCCGGUAUCCAUGUCGCCGAACGCAGUUUGUUCUUGGGCAUGUCUCGUAUCCUGUGGGCGUUUGAUAUCAAACCUGCGAAAGACGCGGCGGGGAAGGACAUAUUGCCCGAUCCAGAUCGGUUGACGCAAGGGUUUGUGUGCAUGCCGGAGCCGUUUCAAGCCAGCAUCAAGCCGCGCUCACAAGCUAGAGCCGACUUGGUGGAGAAGGAGUGGCUGGAGGCGGAGAGGGAGGUCUUGGAUCCAGAGACGAAGCAAUGGCUGAAGACUCCAGGAGGGCGUUAA